CUUAUCAGUCACAGGUGAAGUCAAUUCAGGCAGACUGCAGUGCCAACCAUGAGAAUCGUGCGACUAGGCGUCAUUGUGCCUUCGUCGAAUACCGCGUUAGAGCCGCUGACAAAUGCAAUCGUCUCGUCCAUCCAUUCAGAGGGUCUAUCUAUCUCCGUGCAUUUUUCUCGAUUUCGAGUCACCACGAUCGACCUCUCCCCAAAUGCCAGCGCUCAAUUCCAAUUCGAACCGAUAUUAUCUGCAGCGAGGCUGCUUGCGGAUGCAAAGGUCGACGUGAUCGGCUGGAGCGGCACGUCGGCUGGGUGGCUUGGCUUUGAACACGAUGAGAGACUGUGCGCUGCAAUCGAGGCCGAGACUGGCAUCAAGACGACAACAUCUGUCCUGUCACUCAACGCGCUCAUGCACAGUUUGGGCGUGACCUCGAUAGGACUGGUGACGCCCUACAUCAAAGGCAUGAACGAUGCGAUACGCGCCAAUUAUGCAGCAAUCGGGAUAGACAUUAGUGGGAAUUGGGAGCGCCACCUAGGCAUCACAGACAAUAAUGAGAUUGUGCGAGUAGACGAGAGCACUCUGGAUGAAAUGGUCAUGGAUGUUGCGGCCAAUGGCGCGCUGGUGCUGACAACAUUCUGCACCAAUCUUCGAGCAGCACAGCGCGUCGAGUAUUGGGAGAAGUCGCUGAGGGUUACUGUACUGGAUUCUGUCAGUACCACGGUUUGGGGGAUGCUGAAAAUGGUGGGAGUAGACACUCGGCUUGUGAAGGGCUGGGGCUUUAUGUUCGAGGUUGAUUGAAUAGAGGGGAAGACACUGGCAUUCUUGUUACGUAGGCAGUCAGUGUUGCGCAAGGCUGUGCCGGCAAUAAGGCUGGAUAUUUUCUUGGCGGUCAGUUGCUAGGGGAACAACGGGCCACCUAAUUCGGGAAACCCUAAACACG